CACAAGAGAGCCAACUAUUUGAGGUCGAAGGGAAAUGAAGUGACUUUUUUGGCUGCCUUCUGCAAAGCCAACAAUUUCACAGGAGACAAAACAGAUCUGGAUGGCGGAUGUUUCUUUUGGAUGCCUUUUUCUGUGAAAAUAAUAUUCCAAUCCAUCUUCAUAUUAAUGCCCAAGCUGCAAGAAGAAACUGGUAGAAACGAACAUUAAGAAGAAUUACAAAUGGCAAGCGAUCAGUCCCAUUGUCAUUACUGCAUGAACUCUCUUUGUGGAAAGCAGUAUGCCCUGAAAGAAGAGAAUGCUUACUGUGUUAAGUGCUAUGACAGCCUGUUUGCAAACUUCUGUGAGGAAUGCAAGAAGCCUAUUGAAUGUGACUCAAAGGAUCUUGCCUACAAAGGCUGCCACUGGCAUGAAGCAUGCUUCACGUGUGCCAAGUGCCAUCACUCCCUGGUAGAAAAGCCUUUUGCUGCCAAAGAUGAGCUCCUGCUGUGUACAGAGUGCUAUUCUAAUGAGUAUUCAUCAAAGUGCUUCCACUGCAAGAGGACCAUUAUGCCUGGUUCUCGUAAAAUGGAGUUCAAAGGCAGUUGUUGGCAUGAAGCUUGCUUUGUUUGCCAACACUGCCGACAACCUUUAGGAACCAAGCCUUUGAUUACAAAAGACGAUGACAAUUAUUGUGUGCCUUGUUUUGAGCAGCUGUUUGCUCAGUCUUGUUACUCCUGCAAGAAGGUGAUAACCACUGGUGGUGUGACCUAUCAUGACCAGCCAUGGCACAAAGAAUGCUUUCUCUGUACUGGAUGUGAGAAGCAGCUUGCUGGGCAACGGUUUCUUUCCAAAGAUGAGCUUCCUUACUGCCUUGAGUGCUUCAGCAGACACUAUGCAAAGAAGUGUGCAGCCUGCACAAAACCCAUUACAGCUCUGGGUGGAGCCAAAUUUAUCUCAUUCGAGGACCGCCAGUGGCACCGUGACUGCUUUAAGUGUGCAAAAUGUUCCAGCUGCCUGGUGGGGAAGGGCUUCCUGACUCAGCAAGACCAGAUCAUCUGCUGCAAGUGUGGCAGUGCUGCAUAGCGUGAGAAAUUCAGAAGCAAAGGCGUGACUUGCUUCCCAUGCAUUCUAGCCAGAUCCGUCAGUGUUCCGUUGUCAGGAAUCUGUCAGACAAGUAUAAUGGUUGUUCAGUCAUGCAAGUCACUUUCUGACAGCAGGAGCAUCACAGUGGAGACAUCCUUUGCAUCCUGUAUAACCACUUUAAGUAGCAGCACUCUUGCAAGGGAAACAGUUCCCAAAUGUUUUCUUUCUAUCUAUCUAUCAUCUAUCUAUAUAUUCAGGCUUUUUUUUUUCUUGUAGUACAGUGCACUCUACUGUUGAGAGUACCAGUGUGAGCAGCUUGUAAUAUAAACCAAUACUGUCCUUAAAGCCUAAUAAAAAGAGGUUAUACGAUA